CCUGUUUAUCUCAUCACUUUUCUACAGGAGUAGUACAUUACUGAAGAACCCCUUGUGAUAAACCCUGAACCCCAAUUAUCACAAACAUGAACACACUACACUUCACCACAAUCCAACUUCCCCAAAUCUCCAAAUUCCAAAACCCCAUCUCAUUUUCAAUUUCUUUCACUCCCAUAAUCAAACCACACAAACACAAGUACAGAUACUUGGUCAAAGCUGGUGAAACAAGACCAGCAAAGUCAACAGAUUUAUUGACACAAAUUAAACAACUUGAAGCGGAAGGGAAUGAUGAAGAAGAAGUGCAUGAUGAUAAUGAUUUAGUUGAUAUUGACUGGGAUAAAGUUGAAGAUGAGUUUUCACCAAAAGGGAGAGAUGAAGAAAUGAAUUAUGAUAAAGAUCCUGAAUUUGCUGAAAUCUUGGGUACUUCUCUUGAUGAUCCUGCAAAAGCUAGGUCUAAAAUCGAAGAGAGGAUGAAGAAGAAAAGGGACAAGAUAAUACAUCGGAAAACUGGUUCACCAACACCUAUGCAGGUUACUUUUAACAAAUUUGAGUUCAACAACUCAUAUAUUUGGAUUGAGUUCUACCAUGCUCCAUUAGACAAAGACAUUAAAAUGAUCUGUGAUACAAUUCGUUCAUGGCAUAUUGUUGGACGUCUUGGAGGUUGCAAUUCUAUGAACAUGCAAUUAUCACAAUCUACUACGGAUAAGAGACCAAGUUAUGAUGAUAUUCUAGGAGCAAACAUAGAACCAACCACAUUUUAUAACAUUAGUGAUCUUGAGAUUCAAGAUAAUGUAGCACGAAUAUGGGUAGAUAUUGGUACCAGCGAGCCUUUGCUGUUGGACAUAUUGAUAAACGCAAUGACACAAAUAAGUUCAGACUAUGUUGGAAUCAAGCAGAUGGUUUUUGGUGGAUCUGAAUAUGAAAAUUGGAGUCCAAACUUGACAUCAGAGGAUGAAGGUUAUAGUGUGCACAAAAUCUAGGCAACUUCAUUACCUCCCAUACGUACGGAGUAAUAUUACUCACUGUUGUCAUAAUAGUAGGUUAUUAAAAUUAGUAUAGUGUAUAAUGUACUUCACCAUGUAAUAUAAACAUUUGGUGGCACAUCUCCUCUGAUUUUCUAUGGUAUUUAAGCGCGGUGUUUGUGGUUC